AUGGAGCUAUCAAAAGAAGGAUACACAGCUCCUAUUCCUCUAGAGCUUUUGUUCAUUAUUUUCUUAAGAUUACCAGCCAAAACCCUAGCGAGAUGUGUCUGUGUAUCAAAGCUUUGGGCAUCCAUAAUCCACAGUCAAGAUUUCAUCAUAUCAUUUCAAUCUCAGUCACACAUCCUCUUCUUCGUAAGAGAUUAUUACCAAACAAGAUUCGAGAACUGGUUCUUCUUGUCAAACCAACAAGGAACAUCAUCUUUUCUUUCACGUACCACAUGUCACGUCUCUCAUUCAAGAACCAGAUGUCGUCAGCCCCAAGAAGUCAACGGCUUGAUAUGUUGUGGAUACGGUAGGAAUCCAAUGAUAUAUAACCCCACCUCAGGAAAAACACUAACCUUACCAAGAAUCUAUGUCGGUCACAACGUUGGACCAUACGUUGAAAACAUUCUUGGAUACGAUCCAAUCAACGAGGAGUAUAAGGUAUUGUCCAUGACUCCAUUACCUGGUAACCAUAGUGGUGAUAGCAUAAUACCAUAUAAUGAACAUAAAGUGUUUACGUUGGGAUCUAAAAAUUCAUGGAGAAUGGUAGAAUGUAACACGAUUCAUUGUCCUGGAACUAUAAGUGUAUGUAUCAACGGGGUUGUGUAUUACGGUGCUUACGUAGGGGAGAGUAUGAAGCAACUUAGAUUAGUGAGAUUUGACGUGAGGACUGAAAAGUUCGGUUUUACCAAAAUGCCUGAGUCUGUCCAAACACUAAGUUAUUAUUCAUCAACUCUAAUGAAUUACCAUGAAAAAAUAGCGUUAGCGUAUUCAAGAGGUUACGAUACAUAUGAGUUGUGGGUUUUGGAAGAUGCUAAGGAGCAUGAAUGGUGUAAGAUAUGUUUUACUACAAGGUUAUGGACACAACCUUGUGUUAAAUUUCACGUUGAGGGGGUUACUAGAAUGGGUGAGAUUAUUUUGACUCCGGGGUAUGGGAUUAAGUUCUAUGUUGUAUAUUACAGUUUAGUAACGAAACAAUUUAGAAAGAUUGAUAUUGAAGGAUAUAAAAAUCCUGGUGGAGUAGUUGUUUCAUGGGAGUAUGUUGAUACUAGUACCAUGCUUUUGUAA